AUGACACCGAGGUGUGCUGUGAAACCAUGGCUCUACCUCUCGCUGAAAAAGCUACAGAUCCUUCAGAAAGCUGGACGAUGCUUUAAAUGUACAAAACGAAACCAUCUCGUCAAGGAGUGCAGAAGCAAGAUCGCAUGUUCUGAGUGCCAAGGUCGACACGCCACCGUUAUGCGCGAUCCUGAAUUCCUCUCGAGAUUAAGUGAGAAACUGAAGAGACCACGGAAGAUUGAAGUCUCCACUAGUCCCUUGACACUUCAAGCCGCUGUCACUGAUGAAGCAAAAAACGACGGUGCUGCUGCAAACAGCUACAGUUUGAAGCUCAGAAGUCAAUCGCUGCUGGAAGAGAAGUGUCAGCUGCUGGAGAGCGUUCAACAUGCUCUUGCUUCAAAGUGCACUCAAAUGAAAGAAACCACGCGAGAACUUGGAUCAAGAAAAGCAGCCGCUAAGGCUCACAUUGCUGGGCUGUUACAGCAGCUACAGGAGAAAGAAGAGGAUCUCUUGACGUUGCGGGAGCAGUUGAGCACGGCUGUUCAAAAAGCGUAUUCAGAGAUUCAUUCACUUCAACAGAGCUUCGGGGCAAGUGCACAGACAUCUUCGAGGUUGCAGACAGAGUUGAUGGACCUUAGAAGCAGCUUGGAAACAAUGAAGGCCAAGAAAGACUCUAUUGACAGGACACUCAAGGAAGCCGAGGAUGGACUACAAAAGGCUCAAGAUGAGAGCAAACCGCUAGAAAUCUCGCUGAGUACCGUGACCGCAGGCCUCAAGAGUUCUCAGGCUGCAAUGGCCAAACUGAAAGAUGCAUGCACUUUCAUGAAAGUGGAGCUCGGUGUUGCAGAAGCCGAAAAGGCCGAACUGUUGGAGCGGCUGAUCAACUCGCUUCAGUCCACAGAGGAUGUCAAGCAAGAGAAGGAGGCGGUGGACGCAAGGAGCGACACACUGUCUAAGACCGUCAAGCAAAUUGAGUGCAAGUUGUGCGAAACACAGGACAUGGACCGGCAGAAAAAUAAAGAAAUGAUUGUCGAGCUCAGCAGACUACCAGCCGAAAAUCGACUGAAGCCGUUACCUAACCCGACAGUUCCGGACCUAAAGGACGUUGAAGCCGAGACUCUACGGAAGCUCUGGAUGCACAGACAAGAAGUCAUGAAGAGCCUUUGGUAA